GUCGAUCUGAAUUUUUGCGCUAUAUUUUGGAAAACUCAGCCGCGUAACGUUGUAGUUGGCACGAAUUCUCCGUGGUGAUCGGUCCGAUUUGAUUUUUACGCGUGAAAAGAGAAAAUUAUAAAAAAGCACCAACAUGAGCAGCGUUGAUGAUGAUCUGACACCCGAGCAAAUUGCUGUGCUCCAGAAGGCCUUCAACAGCUUCGAUCAUCAGAAGACUGGCAGUAUUCCCACAGAAAUGGUUGCCGAUAUUCUGCGCCUUAUGGGUCAGCCCUUCGACAAGAAGAUUUUGGAGGAACUGAUUGAAGAAGUUGAUGAGGAUAAGUCUGGUCGCUUGGAAUUCGGUGAGUUCGUGCAAUUGGCUGCCAAAUUCAUUGUUGAGGAGGAUGCUGAGGCCAUGCAGAAGGAGUUGCGUGAAGCCUUCCGUCUCUACGACAAGCAGGGCAAUGGUUUCAUCCCUACCACUUGCCUGAAGGAAAUCCUGAAGGAACUGGACGAUCAGUUGACUGAGCAAGAAUUGGAUAUCAUGAUUGAGGAAAUCGAUAGUGAUGGUUCCGGCACAGUUGAUUUUGAUGAAUUCAUGGAGAUGAUGACCGGCGAGUAAAUAAACGCAAUGCGCCCCACAUACACCCACACACUCGCGCACACCCACCCACAAUAUACACACCAACACCAACACAAACAGACACACACACAAUAUACACUCACACGCAAACACACACACUGACACACUCACACACAAUACACACCUGUUGGGCACACGUUUGUUUGUUUGUUUAUAUUUGCACAUUUGUUUCAUUUUAUAAACAAAUCUACAUUUAAAUUUAAAACACAACAACAAAAUAUUAUAAUAAUGUUAGAACUUUUUGUACUACUUUUUAUAUAAAACCGAACACACAUAAAAAUGUG